AGGAUGUGCUUGGCCAACCCGCUUUUCGCAAGUCACUAUUUUACCCCCGCAAAAAGGAAAAAGUAUCCAAAGGAAAAAUAUAUUUAUGGGAUGUAAAAACGGAACCCAGAUAUACUCGAAGAUACUUUGUAACAAAAAUUACUUAACAUUGUUUACUUGAUGAAUGAAUGAUCAAGAAUCUCUCAUCAAGAAUUACUGCGUUUCACGGGUCCGGUUCGACUGCAUUCAUUUUUGGAAGAGCGGGCUAACCAAAUCUCAACCUGGAAAAUUGAUCAACAAUGUUCUGCAAUAUGUUGUUUUAAUCCGAAAACUUCUCAUUCUAACAUCUAGGUUGCUGCACAGCAUUCUCAAAAUAAGUAAUGGGGCAUCCUCCGCUUGAGUUCAGCGACUGCUAUGGGGAUAGUCCGGAUUUUAGAGAAAGACUAAAAUGCUAUGAAUUAGAAUUGGAAAGAACAAGCAAAUUUCUCAAAGAUGUAAUCAAAGAUGGCAACAGUGUAAUCAAUGCAAUCAAGGGUUAUUCUGUGGCAGUUCAUAAAUUCUCCCAGACACUCAACGUGUUCCAGUUCGACUUCAUUGGUGAUUCCCUGACAGAUGACGAGAUUAAUAUUGCGGAAUCCUUCCAAGAGUUUGCUGGUCUCCUACAGGAAGUGGAGGAUGACCGGAUGAUGCUGGUUCAGAAUGCUUGUGAUCUGCUUAUCAAGCCGCUGGAGAAGUUUCGCAAGGAGCAAAUAGGAGUGACAAAAGAAAGAAGGAAGAAGUUUGAGAAAGAGAGCGAAAAAUAUUACUCUCAGUUAGAUAAACAUCUGAAUUUGUCUGCGAAGAAGAAGGAAACUCAGCUGCAAGAGGCUGACGAGCUGCUGGACAAAGAGAGGCUGAACUUCUAUGAGUCGUCAGUGGAGUAUGUGUACCAGAUCCAGCAGGUGCAGGACCGAAAGAAGUUUGAUGUGGUGGAGCCUGUGCUGGCAUUUCUUCACAGUAUCCUAACACUCAACAACCUGACGGUGGAGAUGACUCAGGACUUCAUGCCCUAUAAGCAGGAGCUGCAGCUCAGCUUGCAGAAUACGCGGAACCACUUUGAGAGCACUCGUGAGGAGAUGGAGGAGCUGAUGAAGAGAAUGAAGCAUCCAACCCAGAUCGGCAAAAUGCACGGCCAGCCAACCAUUGAGGGCUACCUGUACUCUCAGGAGAAGUGGGCCUUGGGUGUGUCAUGGGUGAAGUACUACUGCAAGUAUCACAAAGACAGCAAGCUGUUUGUCAUGGUCCCUGCUGAACCAAAACCCGCAACCAAACAGGGCCCCACAGAGCUGAAGCUUAAAUCCUGCUUCCGCAGAAAGACAGAGUCCAUAGACAAGCGCUUCUGCUUUGAUAUCGAAACUUACGAGAGAAACAUACCUGUCACUCUCCAGGCUGUUUCGGAGGCCAACAGGAAGUUAUGGAUGGAGGCCAUGGAUGGAAAAGAGCCUAUUUAUCAUUCCCCAAUUCACAAGCAAGCUGAAAUGGAAUUGAAUGAAGUUGGAUUCAAGUUUGUAAGAAAAUGCAUUAACUUCGUUGAAACUAAAGGACUCACACAAGAAGGAGUAUACAGAACUGUUGGCAGUAACAUCCAAGUGCAGAAGCUUUUAAAUGCUUUCUUUGAUCAGAAAUGCCCAGGGGAUGUGGAUUUCCACAGCAGCGACUGGGACAUUAAAACCAUCACAAGUGCCAUGAAGUUUUAUCUCCGGAGUUUAACAGAGCCUCUGAUGACCUACGGUCUCAACAGGGACCUCAUCUUAGCAGCAAGUGACUACUUCAUGAAGCUGGUUGAUAGAAUGCCAAGUGUGUGCAAAGCUGUCAUCAAGGCAAAGGAAUCAGAUAGUCUAGAUGAUCGACUGGGUGCAAUCCACUCCCUGACAUACAAACUUCCAGAGAAGAAUCGAGAAAUGCUAAGCCUACUGAUCAAACACCUGGUGAAUGUCUGCAGCAACAGUGGAGACAACCUGAUGACUCCCUCCAACAUGGGCGUGAUCUUUGGCCCCACCCUGAUGAGGGCAGAAGAAGAGACUGUGGCAGCCAUGUUGGAUAUAAAGUUCCAGAACAUUGUUGUUGAGAUUCUAAUCGAGGACUACACCAAGAUCUUCUGCACUGCGCCAGAGGAGAGUUCCACAGCCCCACCCAUGCCGCCUCCAAGGAUUACCCCAAGGAAACGGCAACCAAUCACCAUCUCCAAGCGCACGCCCCGCGUCUACCCAGCAGUUAAUUAUGGCCAGCUCCAGAACACUGAGAAUGAGCAAAAUGGUAGCAGACCAGAGGGUGUGGAUGCUGGCGGGGACACCCCAACGAGCCCCACACCUCUCCAGAGGACCAAACCUAUAACUGCCCCUCCACGGCUCCCUCGGGAACCUCCUCAGAGGCAGGCCCUCCUGCCGAGGCCAUCCAUCCGCCAGGACAGACACUCAGACUUUGACGUUGCCAAACUGGUUGCUAAGCUACCGGAUGGAGGUCAGAGGCCAGAUGUAACAGCCAAUGGAGAGACGGGAGUCACUGUGAACCGAGCGCAGUCCUUCCAAGGCAGAAGACCACCUCGAAGUGUUGCGGUCCUUCGAGAAGCAGAAAGUGACGGUGUGAUCAAAACGAGGUCUCCGGCUGAGAAGCCUGCCAUCUGCAGACCUCCAACCAGACCCCCUGACCCCCCUAGCCGAUACCCUGCAUCCCACAAGAGCCCCACUGCAACCCCCAGCGAGGACACCCCGGCAUCAUACGUUGCUUCCAAAGCCAAGUUUUUUGAGAAUGCUUCAAGGCAAUUUGGAAGCUCAUCGGUCUCACCUCCAGCAUCUACUUUGCUCAAUGUGAAAGAAGAGAAUUUAAGUUGAUUAGUCUGUUACCAUGGCCUCUACUCCUGUGGAACUGCAGUGCGUAUCUGGACACGCACUGUCCUGUUGUGGAAUGGAGGCAUGCUCUCAGAAUGACAGCACUUUUGUCCUGUCAGUGGAUAUCCUCCUGCUUGUUGUUAUAAGGGACCCAAUUAACAUGUUGUUUAACUUGUGAUAAAGGAGCUCCGGUCUAGAUAGGAUGCCUUUAUAUGUCUCUGUCUGAUCCGUAUCUUUUAGCUUUUGGCAUCUGGAUCGAUAUUAUAUGGGAUCAACUCUAUAUAAUGUGUUAACUAAAUGAAUCCUGGUCCAAGUGGCAAGUUCCAGUAUCCAGGUAUUUGACAAACAAUAUUACGACACGUUUCACAUUAAAUUUCAAACUGCUCAAAAAAAAGCUACUGUAGCUACCUGAUACCAUUUGGAAUUGACAUAUUCUAUAAUGUAGUACCCUAUUGUACCAGGUUGAAAUUAAAGCACCCCAAGUGGCUCAGCUGUAGCACAAUAUUGUUAACUAGCAUCUUAAAUCAAAACUGAAAACAAAAGAUGCAGGUUCUAAGAAAGUCUGAGUUGAGUUAUAUGCUUUGCUCUCUACUCCUUCUGUUCAUGAUGCACUUUGAUGAAUGAAAACAGACCACGGACAUUCUGAUGUGCUAAAUACCAUAAUACAUUUGGUUAAGCUUGAGGUUAGUCCAACUAUACCAACCAUGAUAACAAUGAUAAGUAACAAAUGAUUAUCCACACUGUCACACUACAGAAUGCUGUGUCUUUGUUAGAUCUAGUUAGAUGUAUUUCACCAUUCCCAUGUUCUUAAGAACCCUUAAAGCUGGAAUACGUAGCGGUGAAACUGCCACGUCCAACGAAGAUGUCACUUCAAACAUGUUUUAUGUAUUUUCUAGGACAUCAUUGCACAUGCGAUAGAACAGCAGAAACAAAACAUGUAACAAAUGCGCCUGGGGCGACCAGUGGCGCUGUUUCACCUAAUGCGGAGCUCAGCUUUAAGAACUCUUAACUAAAUAAUUUUAGAUUGUGGAAUCCAAAUAACCACUGGUUUAUUUGAAUGAUCAGCAGUUCAAAUGUUUGCAAUUGUUUUUUUGUUGUUUUUUUGAAACCGUUUGUUGGUAUCUCUCUAUUUCCAUGUGGGUACUGUCAUUCAUACAACACUCCAACAUGAAUGUUUCUUUUGGUCCUACUUCGUAGGUAGUGUCACUAAGUCCAUUUACAUGGUAAUUACAUUGGCAGCUACUGUACAUUCUACCUAGUGUGGGUACACAUUGCUACAUAGUACUAGCAACUGUUAUACCUGUUUGUGGCUUGCACCAUUGCAGAUAACCUCACAAUGGAGAAUACUGUGUAAUUUUAAGAAAGCAUUAUAUUUUGAAGGGAGGUUUAUGCAAAGCUAAUAUGUAUAGCAUUAAAAAAAAAUGUCUUCAAUGAUUUCUGUCUCAGAAUAUUUUGUGAAUGAUUGACAACGCAGGUAAGAGCUCGUCAUUAGAAUUCCCAGAGGUUUUUGGAUCAUCUUAAAAUUGUCUUCACUCCCAAUUGAUUUCUGUGAACAUUUGGACAAAGAAACAUUCCUUGUCUUAUGUGUCUCUUACCUGCUUGAUCCUCUCUGUCAACAAAAUAUUUAACAGCAACACCUGUAUUGAUGUUUUUUAUGUUAAUUGUGUGAUUGUAUAAAACAAAUAUGCUCUUUAAUGUCCUGUCUUAAACUAAUUGUCAGCUCCCCCCCCCCCCUUGUAUGCAUUCUGUAAGUGUUGUACAGAUUUAUCAAGAAACAUGCCCCAUGUAUCAGCAUGAAAAGUAAAAUAAAUCAACUUUCCACUCUUUCUCAAAAACAUUGACAAGCGUGAUCAGAAUGGUUAAUAAGUUGAGCAUAAGGGGACUAGCGUGGUCAUAUCCACAUCACAAAAAAACAACUAUAACUCAAAUGCAGGGCAAGAGAAUACUGUAUAAAGUUACUCCAAAAUGUCCUUUUAGUGUAAUUUUCUAAGAGGGAUUUUCAUUGUCAGAAUUUGAGAAAAGGUAGACUUCGAUGAACAGUGGCAAUGAUACAUGCAGCAGUCAAAUCAAAUGUUAUUUGUCACGUGCCAAAUCCAACAGCUGUAGGUAGACCUUAUCCAAGAAAUGCUUACUUACAAGCCUUUAACCAACAAUGCAGUUCAAUGCUAAAUAAACUAAAGUAAAAAGUAACACAACAAGAUUACAUAAUAAUAACAAGGCUAUAUACAGGUGGUUCCAGUACCGAGUCAGUGUGCGGGGAUACAGGUUAGUUGAGGUAAUUUGUACAUGUAGGUGGGGGUAAAGUGACUAUGCAUAGAUAGAUGGAUAGUAAACAGUGAGUAGCAGCAGUGUAAAAACAAAGGGGGGAUGUCAAUGUAAAUACUCCGGUGGCCAUUUCAUUAAUUUUUCAGCAGACUUAUGGCUUAGGGGCAGAAGCUGUUAAGGAGCAUUUUGGGCCUAGACUUGACGCUCCAGUACCGCUUGCCAUGCAGUAGCAGAGAGAACAGUCUAUGACUUGGCUGACUUGAGUCUUGGACAAUUGUUUUGGCCUUCCUCUGACACAACCUAGUAUAUAGGUCCUCUAUUGCAGGAAGCUUGGCCACAUUGAUGUAUUGGGCCGUAUGCACUACCCUCUGUAGCGCCUUAUGGUCAGAUGCCGAGCAGUUGCCAUACCAGGCGGUGAUGCACCCGGUCAGGAUGCUCUCGAUGGUGCAGCUGUAGAACAUUUUGAGGAUCUGGGGACCCAUGCCAAAUCUUUUCAGUCUCCUGAGUGGGAAAAGGUGUUGUCGUGCCCUCUUCAUGACUGUCGUGGUGUGUUUGGACCAUGAUAGUUUGUUGGUGAUGUGGACACCAAGGAACUUAACUCUCGACCCGCUCCUACAGCCCCGUCGAUGUUAAUGGGGGUCUGUUCGCCCCUCCUUUUCCUGUAGUCCACGAUCAUCUCCUGUCUUGCUCACAUUGAGGGAGAGGUUGUUGUCCUGGUACCACACUGCCAGGUCUCUGACCUCCCCCCUAUAGGCUGUAUCAUCGUUGUCUGUGUUGGAGUCAUGCUUGGUCAUGCUUGGCCUUGCAGUCAUGGGAAAAUAAAGAAAACAGUUUGGUACUGUAGCCUGCAUAAAACUAAUGUCUUAGAUAUUGCACAUGAACAUAUUGGAAGAUAUGUUCAUGUGCAAUAUCUUGGAAGAUUAGUCCAAAUGAGGACAAAAAAACAAACAAAACAUAUACAGUGCAUUUGGAAAGUAUUCAGACCCUUGACAUUUUCCACAUUUUGUUAUAUUACAGCCUUCCUCUAAAAUCGAUUUUUUUUAAAAUUCCUCAUCAAUCUACACCCAUACCCCAUAAUGACAAAGCAAAAACAUGUUUUUUAUUUUUUUUAAAUAAACAAAUACCUUAUUUACAUAAGUAUUCAGACCCUUGAACCUAAUCGAACAUCUUUGGAGAGACUUGAUAAUAGUUGUGCAGCGACGCUCACCAUCCAACCUGACAGAGCUUGAGAGGAUUUGCAGAGAAGAAUGGGAGAAACUCCCCAAAUACAGGUGUGCCAAGCUUGUAGCGUCGUACACAAGAAGACUCGAAGCUGUAAUCGCUGCCAAUGGUGCUUCAGCAAAGUACUGAGUAAAGGGUCUGAAUACUUACAGUAUCAGUCAAAAGUUUGGACACCUACUCAUUCCAGGCUUUUUCUUUAUUUUUACUAUUUUCUACAUUGUAGAAUAAUAGUGAAGGCAUCAAAACCAUGAAACAACACAUGGAAUCAUGUAGUAAUCAAAAAAGUGUUAAACAAAUCAAAAUAUAUUUUAGAUUCUUCAAAGUAGCCACCCUUUGCCUUGAUUAUAGCUUUGCACACUCUUGGCAUUCUCUCAACCAGCUUUCCAACAGUCUUGAAGAAGUUCCCACGUACACAGAGCAUUUAUUGGCUGCUUUUCCUUCACUCUGCGGUCCAACUCAUCCCAAACCAUCUCAAUUGGGUUGAGGCCAUGUGAUUGUGGAUGCCAGGUCAUCUGAUGCAGCACUCCAUCACUCUCCUUCUUGGUCAAAUAGCCCUUACACAGCCUGGAGGUGUGUUUUGGGUCAUUGUCCUGCUGACAAACCAGAUGGGAUUGCAUAUCACUGCAGAAUGUUGUGGGAGCCAUGCUGGUUAAGUGUGCCUUGAAUUCUAAAUAAAUCACUGACAGUGUCACCAGCAAAGUACCAUCACACCACCUCCAUGCUUCACGGUGGGAACCACACAUGCAGAGAUCAUCCAUUCACCUACUCUGCAUCUCACAAAGACAUGGCUUUUGGAACCAAAAUCUCCAAUUUGGACUCAUCAGACCAAAGGACAGAUUUCCACAGGUCUAAUAUCAAUUGCUCAUGUUUCUUUGCCCAAGCAAGUAUCUUCUUCUUGGUGUCCUUUAGUUGUGGUUUCUUUGCAGCAAUUCGACCAUGAAGGCCUGAUUCACGCAGUCUACUCAGAACAGUUGUCUGUUACUUGAACUCUGUGAAGCAUUUAUCCGGGCUUCAAUUUCUGAUGAACUUAUCCUCUGCAGCAGAGGUAACUCUGGGUCUUUCUUUCCUGUGGCGGUCCUCAUGAGAGCCAGUUUCAUCAUAACGCUUGAUGGUUUUUGCGACUGCACUUGAAGAAACUGUUUAAGUUUUUUAAAUUUUCCAGAGUGACUGGCCUUCAUGUCUUAAAUUAAUGGUGGACUGUCAUUUCUCUUUGCUUAUUUGAGAUGUUCUUGCCAUAAUAUGGACUUUGUCUUUUACCAAAUAAGGCUAGCUUCUGUAUACCACCCCUGCCUUGUCACAACACAAUUGACUCAAACGCAUUAAGGAAAGAAAGAAAUUCCACAAAUUAACAAGGCACACCUGUUAAUUGGCAUGCAUUCCAGGUGACUACCUCAUGAAGCUAGUUGAGACAAUGCCAAGAGUGUGCAAAGCUGUCAUCAAGGCAAAGGGUGGCUGCUUACCUCCAACACAAUAAAAUAUAUUUUAUUUGUUUUAACACUUUUUUGGUUACCUGAUGAUUCCAUAUAUGUUAUAGUUUUGACGUCUUCACACUUAUUCUACAAUGUAGAAAAUAGUAAAAAUAAAGAAAACCCUGGAUUGAGUAGGUGUCCAAACUUUUGACUGGUACUGUAUGUAAAUGUGAUGGGUCCUGUGGUGUGUGUGUUAUUUUUAUUUUUUUUUACAAAAAUGUCAAUAGUUUUUGCUUUGUCAUUAUUCUGUAUUGUGUGUACAUUACUGAGGGUGAAAAAAUAAAUUACAGCUAAUCUUCCCCUCCCCACUCAGACUGCCAGGCAGUCCCAGCUAAAUUCUUGCUUGCUUAAGAAAUAUUGUUUUGCUAAAAACAUAUUUUUGUCAGUUUCCAUGGAACCCUAUUACAGUGAGUUUUUAAUUGUUAUCCAGAAAUGAUUUUAUAUUGAUAUAAAAAUAGCUGCGUUUCCUUAAGAAUCCAGGGGAGCCAGCUUCUAGUUUUAAAGCAUACUAAUAACCUGUUCAAAAUGCUCUAUGGUCUUAUCAAGAAGGAAUUUACAAGAUAGAUUGGAUUCUAUUAUAUUUUUGUCAAUAAGCAAACGCAUUUAUUAAUUGCCCUAAGGGGUUAUAUUAGUUAUAUUUAAUUUACUUGAAAUUUAUAUGUAAUUAUUGAACUGUGGUUGCAUUUGUGUCCACUGGAUUUGCAACUGUGAAAAAUACUUAAAAUGACAGUUCAAUAUCAACCAAAACAUUUGAUGUGUAACUGUGUAUCAAUGAUAAAACAUAAUGCAAGUGUUUUAUACUGCAAAACUUUUUUUGCAUUGUAUAAAGUACUUAGGACAGGGGUGCUCAAACCUUUGGCUUGGUGGUCCCUGGGCUGAACAAAUAGACAUGUUUUAUUUAGAAUUAUAAACUGGGUCAUUCGAGCCCUGGAUGCUGAUCGGCUGACAGCUGUGGUAUAUCAGACCGUAUACCACGGGUAUGACAAAACAUGCAUUUUUACUGCUCUAGUAAUGUUGGUAACCGGUUUGUAAUAUCAAUAAGGCACCUCUGGGGUUUGUGGUAUAUGGCCAAUAUACCACGGCUAAGGGCUAUAUCGUGGCACUCCUCGUUGCGUCGUACUAAGGAACAGCCCUAAUGCCUUGGUAUAUUGGCCAUAUACCAAACCGUCUCGUGCCUUAUUGCUUAAAUAUAAAAUGUAAAACAUUGCAUUUUAGGUCUUGAAACAACUGCUUUUUUAAAAUAAAAUUACAAUUCAAACAAUCAAAUCAUAGCAAUAUAAUUUGAUACCUAACACAUUCUGAUUACCAGUAUUAAAAAUGUAUUACAUUUUUACCAUUGCAACCAAGUUUUUAUGUUCAUAAGAGUAAUCACUUGAGUACGGGCAGUUUAAAUAAAAUUUCAUGUGAUUCUACUUAUUGUGUCAUGGAAUAGAGAGAAAAUGUUGCAGUGUUAAUUCUACUUCCUUGCAGUUCUACACAUUUUGCCAUAGCUUAUGAACAUGGCAUAAGUCAUCUGAGUGAGAAACUAACAAAAUCAAUGGGGGGCCCCUGGAAGUCAGGGCCCCUGGGCACGUGCCUUUGGUUUCCCCGUCAGUCAUUUGGCUAUGAUUACUACAAGGUUUAAUUAGCUGGCUGGACCAACUUACCUAGCAAUCUAUAACAUGUUAGCUGACAUGGGCUAAUUGAGUGACUGACAUAAGAGGAAAACUGCUGAUGCACUACCAAAUUUCGAUUUGCAUGUUGUGUAUUCUGCAAUGCUAUAUCUCAACAGUAAGUUGAGACCCCUGACUUCCUAAUUAUACUUUUUUGAAAGAUAGACAUACUGUACAGUAUAGCCCUGGUGAGAGUUGGCAUGCGUGUCAUUCGAAGUGGAUGCCAGAUUUUUGCCAGAAUUUACAUAGUGGGGAGGGGCUGAAUCUCCCUUUUGCGCUCAGAUUUUAACCCCCAAACAUAAACCAAGUAGCUAGCUAGAUAGUGCACACAAGAUUUGGUUCUGGGUUCAGAGAUUUAUGAAAAAUAUAAGGAAGGUUAACAUGAAACAACUACAGUAUGUACAUUUUAAAGUAAGUGAAACACACAUUUACACUUUUGAUUGUUUUUAAUAAUAUGCAAAGGAAAAUAAACAAGGAACACAACAUGUACACUAAGACCUACCUGACAAAUCAUAUCAAUAGCUGAAAAUGGACAAUCAAUUUACAGGUUACGGGGGGGGGGGGGGUCAUUCUUAAAUAGACUCAUUCAAUAGUAGUCACUUCACAUAAGAGACGUAAAAAUACAACAAACUUUCAAAGAUUCGGUAAUACCAUUUUGAUGGUCAGAAUUGCCUCAUCUUUAAGAAGUCAUGCAACUUUGAAUUUUACUCACAAAAUAUUUAAAUCAAUACUACUACAGAAGGUAGUCAAAAAGCAUUAACAAUUGAUUUUGUAAGAAAAAUGUUCAGCCAUUACAUUUUGUAACAGACAUAAAAUGUCAGUAACAUGUACACAAAUAAUUGUACCAUUUACACAAAAACAGGUUAAUAUACAAAUGUAUAAAUACAUACAGCUAUGUCCAUUUUGACUUUUUAAUAUACUUGUGAUAUCAUUUACUUGUAGGCUUAUAUGGAAAUCUCAAUGUAUGUCUACCAUGGUACAUUUUCAAGUAAAGUGGAAAAUCGAUGGAUGGAAAAUCGUUUAUUGCUUGACAGAGCAAUCCUGUUCUCCAAGUCAAUCUAAAAAGAAUGUUGAAAACAUGUAUAAUGAUAAACAAAAUAGUAAUUGCAUGAUUACUGGGUGUAUAAAGAGAGAGUUUCUUUGUGAUCAUUUCCUUCAAUCUAUUUACCUCAGAAUUAAAGUUCAGUAAUGUGGACUCAGUAUGGUAGACACAACUGCAGUUAAUUUUACUUUACAGAUUAUUUAAAAGUUACACGAACUGUAAAAUAAUAUAUGGGAGAACAUCUAUGCUUUUUUAAGGCAAUUGCAUGGCCUUCAUAUUUAGGGCCCUAUAAAAUCUGCAGACAUCACGGAAUCCAGACAAAUGGAUUUCAACAAUAUUCAAAAGUGUUGAAUUUAGUAGAAUAUGAAUCAAAUGUUUAUUUGCACAAGUUCCUCACAAGAUAUGAAAAUAAUGCAUCAGUUAUAUUUUUUUCCCUGAAACUUUCUGAAGAAGCAAUGGCAUGGGAAUGCCCCUGUAUGUGUGGUGGCCGCACUUUGUGUAACCAGUUAGCGACGCUAAUGAUAACUGUAUUGUGGCUAUUGUAAUUUUUACAGUGCAAAACAAAAAUGUAAAACCAAUCAGAAAACGUAAAUGUGGAAAAAUACUAAACUGAAUUUGACAACAAAAAAGAUAUAUAUAUAUAAUUAUAGGGCCCUAUAGUACAUUUUGAAUUAGUACUCAGAGAUAUUUUCCAAUUUGGGUUGCCUGAUUUUAGAUGUUUUUUAAGGAAAACCCUGUAAUGAGUAUAUUUUCUUCUCAAGAUGAGUAACAAAUGAAUACAACAAUACCAAUCAAUGUACAGUAUGUACCCAUGGUCUUAACAAAUUGUCAUCUGAUGUAUUAAACAUUCAAAUUAACAAUGUCAUUGCUUAUAGGCAUAGCCUGUCUCCCCAAAAGAGAAAAUGUCAGAUAUUUUCAGAUGAGCAAUUGUAUCCUAGGACUGAAUUCAAUCAAAUCUGCUGUAGCAAUAUUUAUGCAGUAUCCUUGUGUACACAACUUCUGUAAUGUACACGUGUCUUAAUCUGCAGUUUUUACCAAAACCAUUUUGCCAUUGUGUUUAGCACUUUGGAAAACUGCUAAUGUAAAAAUGACUUUAUAAAAUACAUUUCAUUGAUUGUUUGUAAGGGAAAUAGUAUAUUUAUAUAAAUGCUACUGCUUGAAAAUUGCAAUGGGGUUUGAUUGAAUUGAGCUACUUAGAUAAUUGCAGUCCAUUUAUAAGAAUUAUGGUUGUCAACAACAAAUGUUUCUCACAUCUCAAUUGACAGUAAUAUGAGUUAUACAGAAACGGUUUAAGUCACAAUGUAAAUACAGCUUCAUGCACAAACUAUUGAAGAGAUAUACACUCAGUGGCCAGUUUUUAUUCACUCCUUUCAUGAAAAUGGUUCUUCCUACCGACAGGGAGUCAUGUGGCUGUGGCUUGCUGUAUAAAGAAGGCAGACGGGCAUUGAGGCAUUCAGUUACUGUUUGAUUUAAUGUUAGGAUGAGCAAAACGAGGGACCUAAGCGAAUUUGAGCAUGGUAUGAUUGUCGGUGCCAGGUGCACCAGUUCUUAUCCAGAGCGUCUUACAGGAGCAAUUAGGGUUAAGUGCCUUGCUUAAGGGCACAUGAACAGAUUAUUCACCUUGUCAGCUCGGAGAUUCCAAUCUGUCAGUUACUGGCCCAAUGCUCUAACCACUAGGAUACCACCAUUUGCUCAAUCAGAUGUCGAAGACCAUGAAAAUGGGAUCUUUCUGGAGUUUUUUGUUUUCAAGAUAUCUACAUGAAAAUUUCAGCAUUUUAAAGGCAUAUAAUUACAUUCUUAAUAUGAUAAUGCAUUUCACCUAAUCUAAAAUAUGAAACUGUUUGAUUUUAUGAAGUAAUUUAAGCCACAGUUGGCAUAUAAAAACAAAGACAGGGAAUUUGUUGAAUUAAACUAUUGUUUUGUGCUAUUCUUGAAUCCAAAGUUUUAUUUUGUUGAAGUUUCUGAACAAAAAUGUCACUCACUUAGUUUGAACUAAUGACUAUAUGAAUGGACACCGUUCAUUCCUAUGUGAAGACUCAAUAGAGCACUUGAAGCUAAGGAAGUCUGAUAAGAUUGCGUAUCAUGCGUACAUAACAUGCGCAGUUUGAGCUACUCCAGGAAGUGACGUUACAGGCUAGCUCUAUGCUGCCCCAUCUCAUUGAGUAACUAAAGUUGAAGGCUGACUGGGAUACUGCAGGCUGCCAUUAGCUACUAAAUUAUCCUUGUGCGAUUUUUAAAAUAAUUGGUUCAGGGACAUACAUUUGGUGUAAUAGAGGCAAUUAUUGGCACCAUGAUUGUUAUUUUUUUUACACGAUUGACCACGAAGAUUGCUAUUUUCCCAUUCACUAUAAUGGGGGAUCCUGUUUUCUUCAAACAAUGCCUGCAGUACCAAGGUCGGACUUGAACUUCAAGGCUUCAAUGAGAAGAGGCAUUCGUUCUCCCCUGGCUUGAACAUUGUUUGCAUUUAAUGGAACUCAUGAUAGAGCAAUUGUUGGUGACAAAUGGCCACAUGAAUUUGGCACGCUAUGUCCCCCCCACUUCUAAAACCAAAGUUCCGCCCCUGUUGUUUUCAAUAAAGAUUAAAUCAUUCUAACAUCUACAAACACAUGGCGCAUGCACCUCUGUAUGUUCUGAUGAACUAAAAAAUGCAAAUAUUCAGGCCGAGUUAAACCUUAGAGGAUUUUCAGCAUUAAUAGAUUAUGAGUAUGUUCAGUUUGACCAACUAAUUUGGGCACAAUACUGUCAUGUGUGACGCAAAAGAGUCAUCUGAAACAUGCAGACUAAAUGUGCAGCCAAGUUGUAGAAGGUUUCAUACUAUAAUUUAUUUUUAAAUAACUCAAUAGAGAUCCACUGCCACUGAAAAUAUUCUGGAAAGUUAUUCAUUCCAAUUGUCUCGCUUUGUGUCUGGAAUUAGUUAGUCACUUUGGGUGAAUAGAUUAAAGUAUGACUGUACCAUUAGAAUUACUGUUUGUUCACUACCUAAAUAACUAAGAAGAAAGUUUUAAAUACUGUACAAUACAUGUAGUGAUGUAUGCAUUGUAUAUGUAUAUUGAAAAUAGCAUUCUAGUACACCAUAGUCAGUCGGAUACAACCGUUGAGUAGUUAGCUAGUAAAUAUAGAUAGACUGUGUAUGUAAGAGUAUACUGCAAACGACUGUUUCACACUCCUUUUGGUAAUAUUUUUUUUUGCAUAGCACAAUCUCAUGAAAGUUCCUAAAGUAGAGAUAUGCAUAGCUAUGUUUAACUGUUUCUGCAUUUUGUUUAGUCUUGUCUUCAUCCAGUCAAUGGAUGAUAUUCUUCUGAUUCUUACAUUUGACAUAACACUACUAGUCUUGUGUAUUUUUUUUCUUGAAAUACAGGACAGAUUGGGCUGUCAACAAGGUGACACCUUGCAACUUGAAAUAAAUGCUAAAACCUU